AUGGGCGACCUCGGGAGCAUCGACGACGCGUUCGACGCUGCGCUGAACUUGGAGGAGUCCCAUAUAGACGAGGGUUGGGAGGAUGGACUCAGGGAGGGAGAGAAGCUCGGGCUGAUCGACGGGCGCGAGGUUGGCUUCGCGAAGGGCUUCGAGAUUGGGCAGGAGAUAGGCUUCUAUUCGGGCUGCCACGCGGUGUGGUCGCGAUGCGUCGGCGAAGAUCCGGGGUGCUUCAGCGAGCGCGCGCGUCGGGGCAUCGCCGCGUUCGGGGAUAUGCUCCGAUCGUUCCCCAUCGACGACCCGCUGAAUGAGGAGAUUCUGGAGACGCUGAACCAGGUGCGCGGCAAGUUCAAGACGGUGGUGGCGCUCCUCGGGAUGCAUCACGAGUACAACGACGCCGUCGGCGACCAACCGACGGUGACAUUCUGA